GCGGUCGCUUCGCUGCCAGAGACGCUUUCUUUUUUUUCCGGGUUCGGAGCCGUUCCGGAUGCUUUAGGUUGCCGGAUGUCUGAUCUUCGGAUAACUGAAGCGUUACUGUACAUGGAUUAUCUGAGAAUGUCUGAGUGUAUCCAGAUCUCAUUUGCUGUUUGUAGAAUUGGCAUUUACACGUGUUUUAGAGCACUUUGCUGCAAGGGACCCCCUCCUCCACGACCAGAGUAUGACUUGGUCUGCAUAGGCCUCUCGGGUGCUGGCAAGACCAGUUUGUUGUCGAAGCUAUGUGGUGAGAGCUCGGAGAAUGUCGUGUCCACAACAGGUUUUAGCAUAAAAGCAGUUCCAUUCCAGAGUGCCAUCUUGAAUGUAAAAGAACUUGGAGGGGCUGAUAACAUUAGGAAAUACUGGAGUCGCUACUACCAAGGAUCUCAAGGGGUAAUAUUUGUAUUAGACAGUGCCUGUUCGGAAGAAGAACUAGAAACUGCUAGAAAAGAACUGCAUUCAGCUCUUCAGCACCCACAGUUAUGUACUUUGCCGUUUUUAAUAUUGGCCAAUCAUCAAGACAAGCCAGCUGCUCGAUCAGUACAAGAGAUCAAAAAAUAUUUUGAACUUGAACCACUUGCACGAGGAAAACGCUGGAUUCUGCAUCCCUGCUCACUAGAUAACUUGAAUGCAGUAAAAGACAGCUUCACUCAGCUGAUAAAUUUGUUAGAAGAAAAGGACCCUGAACCUGUAAGAAUGUGAAAGCUAGAGAAGAAAACCAGUUCUUGGAAGGUCCAUGUACCUAGCCUGUUUGUUUCUUGUUUUAAUUUUAUUUUGGUAUCAAAACUAUUAACCGCUUUGAAUCCAUUUUUUUUCCUUCAAGUAUUCCAGAUUCUGUUUCAUCUCUCUAUUCAUAUAAAUAUUCUGUAAGUCAGGUAAAUUAUCAUUGAUAUUAAAGUCCAAGUACACACUACUGAGAGAGAAUUUAUUCUCCGUUUACCACUAAUUUUUCUGUCGAUUGCAUGUAGCUUCCUUCUGUUUUUAUGAGAACCUCCAUGAUCUGCCUUGUGCUGAAAUGGAUGGGACUUAUAAUUCAUAAGAGUCAGAUAUUUUGUGAAGGAUACAAAAGUACUCACAAUUCCUUGACUUUUUUCCCAAAGGGGAUCUAUAAAAUGUGUUAUAUGUAAUAUGUAUAUCAUUGAAUUUCUUAUGGACCUCUACAUAUUCAGAAGGCAUUUACUUUUAGAUGCUGCCCUCAUGGACUAUCCGUGAAGAAUGGUCACCAACAGUUCCAAUAAAUCAUCUUUUAAGGAAGGAAUGCUCUAUUGAGGCAAGGUUGGCUUUGAAGUGUCACUUAAUGACAACAGAAGUAAUUUUUGGGUUGAUUAAAACCCAAGUCUCAUUCUCUACCCACUUUAAAGGCAUAGACCAUUAAAUUUGUGUUUGAACAGUGAUAUCCAGGCACAAAUUCCUAUCAAGAUAUACAGAUUACUAUCAAGUCUAAAUUAUUCUUAAUAUAAAGAGAAUGAGAAUCUUCAUAAAAUCAAGCUGCAACAAAAUGAUCGGUUAGCUAUUUUGUUGUUUUUAUUUUCUUUUAAGAAAUCUUUAGAACAUUGAUAGAAAUUAAGGAAAUAGUUGGUUUUUUUUUUUAAAUAAAAUAAUGGAAAUGAUUAAGACUAGCCAAACUAAACAUAGGUAAAAUUGGCAAUGGUUGUCGUGUUAGCAUGAAUUGUGACAAAGGUUUCAGAUAAGGAAUCAUUUGUAUCAUUCAUUCAUAAAGUGCUAUUGUAUUUUAGUGGUCUGCUAGUGCCUCUCCACAGUAGAUGAGGGUCUAUCAGUGUUUCUAUUACAAACCUCUAUUUUCAGAGGUUGACAACUUGGCCUCAAUAAUUUGCUCUGGGCUAAAUGUUAAUGCAUUUGUCCUUGGCCCAGCUUCAAUUUUUUGAACUAAUUAAAAAUUAAUCCAUUUAAUUGAACUCAUAGAAUCAAAAUGGAAUGAAACGUAUUGGUUUUCUGGGGUUUGAUCCCUUUUUGCCCUCCUGAAACUGAAAACAGAUUUCUGGAUAGAGGGCUUUUAAAAAUUAAAUUCUCUAGGCCCUUGGUAGACUAGGACUUUUUGGGCCUUAUAAAUUUUUUUUUAAGUGGAUGAACUUUAGAAACCCUCUUAAUACACCUGAGCAGUAAAAACAUGUUCUUACUUUUUGUUGAGCAUAGACUAUCCCCAUACAUGGCACCGAAGGACAGGUUGACAUAGUACCUCAUCACUGCUCCAGAGGACAAACAGACAUCAGACCCUUCAUGUUAUUUGAAUGUAGUUUUUGUGGUUUAAUAGCAUAGGUGGAUUUUAAUGAAAUCAUCACCUUUUAAAUGUUCGAUAACUUCUUCAACCUUUUUUAUGGAAUGGAUCAAAAAGCUCUGUAGCAAAUGAUACCUAAUUUUUUUGUCUAAGGUGUUCUUGAAUAUUUUUAAUACUGUGUAAUAUUUGAGCAGCACAUACUUUCUAUUCCGAUGACCAGGAUCUCAAAUUCCUGUUUCAUCUUGUCCUGUUGUGGUUCACUGUCUGAGAGCGAUAAAUCUGACCAUUAGAGAUUGCUUUCCCUGCAAGUUCAUUAAAUGUAGAAUAUUGUCUUUUUAAGAUACUGUGGUUUAAUGCUCCGACGCCAUCUGUUAAAUGACUUCCCGGUGUGUGUGUGUGUGUGUGUGUGUGUGUGUGUGUGUGUGUGAGAGAGAGAGAGAGACUGUGUUCAUGUGUGCACCAGUGUUGGGCUUCCUCUCAGACCUACGACUGUCUGCAGUGUCUCAGCAGUCAGAAUGAAAACAUUAUCAAUCAGUACCCAACAACAGCUGUUUUUGACAAGUUUCUGUCUGACGCCUAAUGCUUUACAACUGUCAAUAAGGCUCCUUCUUUGUCUAGCAGUUCUGAGCUUGCUGUCUCACUGUUUCCGUGUUGCAUCCUGUCCCUGUAACUCUAGAAUUUGCCAUAUUUCGGAAAUCCACAUGGGAGUGGGUGUGUGUGUGUGUGUGUGUGAGUGUGUGUGUGUGUGUGUGUGUGUGUGAGAGAGAGAGAGAGAGAGAGAGAGAGAGAGAGGGAUUCUUACUUGCUGUGUAAUGUGCCACAGGUGUCUUGGUUUGCAUAUUCAGAUACUAUAUAGAAAAAAAAAGAAGUCUGUGAUGUAUUACUUCUCUUAGCUUUUCAUUGUAUUUAUGGAGUUAACAAUUUUUGUACCUUAUGAGCUAAAGCAGUUGCCUUUUUGUAAUGGCAAUUAAUUUAUAUUACAAGAGUUUGUAUCUACUGUAGUUUACGGUCUUGGUUGCUAGUUAACUGUCUAUGUUAUCCUGUCUUUAUACUAAAAAUACAGCAUCUAUACUUAGAAGUUGACCAAUUCGUGUGGACAACUGCCAGGCGAGGGGAACUUGUAUUGUCAAUGAUUUAUACGUGAUUUCCACUAUCUUUAAAUGAAAAUAAACGCUGAGUAGAAUUGA